UAUCCGGUUAUCUUCGGUGCUAAAGCUAAUGAAGAUGGCAGGUUGGUCGUGUGAUCAUCAUAGAGGUGUCCGAGAAGCGGUAUGAGAUGGGAAAACCGUGUGCGGGGUGAAGGAGGCGCCGCUGUCUUGGAUCUCGGAUCUUGGAUCUCGGAUCUUAGAUCUCAGCUGCUAUGGAUCAUGUUUACACGCUGCUCAUGCUGAUUGUUUCAUGCUCAGUUUUGUGUGGCCAUGUCCCUGCCCCGGUCAACCUCAAAAUCGAGUCCCGCCACUUAAUUCACCUGCUCACGUGGCAGGCUGGACCAGGGUCUCCUUCAGAACUGCAGUACAGAGUCAUCUUCCGCAACUAUAAACAUGACUGGAAGACGGUGGACGAUUGUGCAGCCGUGCGUUUCCCAUUGCUUUGUAACCUAACUGAUGUGCUCUCCGAUCUGGAAAUAGACUACUACAUCAACGUUACAGCCGUCUCAGGAAACAAGACGUCCACACCUUCUUCCCACCCUCCUUUUAUACCACUCUCUGAUACGGAACUUGAGCCUCCACCACUGCAAGUGUUACCAUGUAACUCCUUGCUGUGUGUGCAUCUUCACUCUCCAUCUGAGAGAUUUGAAACGGUGUAUAAGAAAUUUAACUACCAGCUUAAUGUGACCAGUAAACAAGGACAUGAGUUCACGAUGAAAACCAGGGGGUUGAACACUGUAGACCUACAAGGGGUACCAGGGGAGGUGUACUGUGUGUCAGUGAGCAUCACAGGUUACAGAAGUACUGCUUCUAAACCAGUGUGUGUGUCUGCACCUGUGCAAGUUGACAAAGAUAACAGUAAAGGGAUCUGGGUGUUUCUAUGUCUGCUGGUGCUGGUGAUUGCAGUGAUUGUUGGACUUCGGGCUUCAACAAGGAUCAUGUUCUUCAGAAUCCCUCCUCCGUUCGUUCUGAGCUCCUUUAAUGCCCCGUAUGAGGUGCGGAUUUUUUCCUGGCCCUCUGUGGAGUCUCUACACCACGUUUCACUGGACUCCAAGACCUGUGAAGAUGUUCCGCUUAAUGAAGAGGUGGACCAAGAGAGAGAGGAUAAAGAGGUAGUAUAUGAGGGACACAGGCAUUGUGGAGAAAUCAUUAAAAAAACAAAUAGUUAUUUUCCAAGUUCCCCGGAGUUCCAUACUCCUGAUCCAGCUAUCGAAACUUUGGAAGAGCUCUUCAAAACACCAGACCUAAUCACGCUUCACUGCGAGGAAACAGCUCUGCAAAACCCAAGUGGCAUCCUCACAGCACAUGUCUCACCCCCACCAGUCCACGAUAUGGAUAAGAAUGAUUCCGCUUUGCUCGGGCAUAAAAAAGAAGACGAACUCAGACAGGAGGAGGAGGUGGAGGACAUGGACGACAUGGAUCAUGUUAAUUUCUUCUCCUUGACCCUGCGAGGCCAUAAUUCAGAGCAACAAAAUGAGAGCGAGAAAGAAGAGGACAUCGAGACUGGGAACGACGAGAAACCUUUAUGUAUGCUAGGGCCACCAGAACCUGCCAUGAAUUUUCAGCCAACGUAUUCUGAGCCCACAGACAAACACAUUUCAUAUUCUGAGGAUGAGGAAGAUGAGGAUGAAGAGGAAGCUUUCUCUGGAUACAUGAUGCGGAGCUAGAAGCCGUGUUUUCCUAAACAAAAAAAUCUUUCAGAACGCAUUUUUCCUACGUUACCUUGCGUCCAACAGCAUUUUAAUGGUUGUCCAAGACCAGGAAGUGUCUUUGGGGCAUUUUUCUAAAUAGUACUGCUGUGUACCAGUGAUCCAGUCAUUCAAGAUUUCUCAAAUUAUUAUUAUUUUUUUUUUUUUAACUAAAAUUGCCAAAAAAAUGUAUUCCCUGGCUGCCAUUUUUUGGAAUUCUGGAUUUUUUAUCAGAGUAUGAAUUGAUGCUGGAUGCAAACAGAAAUGUUUAACUAUGACUUUCGAUAGUAUGUAUAUCUGCUUCAUUGGAGGAGGAGGUAGAGUUUAUUCAUACCUUUUUUUUUUUUUUUUUUUUUUUUUUAUUCCAUGCCUUAUCCUGCUUGCGGUCAUGGUGGAUUCAGAGGCUUUUCUGGAAACUGUGGGUGUGAGGCAUUAAUAUACAAUUAACACCUAGAGUUUCUGUAAUUCCACAUAUUUGCAUUUGCUUCAUAUUUUUCAUAAGUAAUUCACCAAUCGAAUGAUUAUUCCUUCUCACAACGAUGACACGUUCCAUUUACAAAUAGAGUUUGACUUUCAAACAAUGGAAAAAAGGUCCUUUCUUACCAUUAAUUUCAUAAACUCGACAGGCAGGAUUUAACAGCCCCGGUUGAACUGUGAAUCUCACGUUAUAUAAAUCACUUAUAUAGAAAGGUAUUCAGACUCUUAUACACUUACAUUUCUCAAAUUCAUCCCUGUGCAUUAGGAAGAGCUUGAGCUCAAUCAGAUUUUGUUUUGUGAACAGCCAUCUUUUCAGAUUUCUCUGCAGGUGUUUCCUCGUAGCAUAUUGGUGCCACCACCAUGCUUUACUGUAGAGAUGGUAUUAAACCGAGUGAAUGAGACUGAUUUUUAUUUGUAUUUUUUUUUUUUAUUUCAUACCCAUGACAAGUGCGACAUGGUCAGCCGCAUGGGGCGUCCAAAAAAAGAUUUUUAUUUUUACCGCACCCACCGCCCGGAGUUCCCUCACUCGUACACUCAGAAAGGAGAGGACAGGGGUUUGGCUGACGUCAUCACAGCCUUCAGGGUUUCCAGUGGGAAAACUGAUAAGACCUGGAUGUUACGUCAUCAGUUUGGAAAAAUUAUGGAUGACAAAAAAGGUCCAAACCUUCAGGAGCCCAAUUCAGGAAAAAAAAGAGAAAAGGAGUUAGGGGGAAACGUGCAAAAGAUAAUCGUGUGUAUGCAGCUCUAUCACUUAUCUUGUUAUGAGGGUGGUAAAGGCUAAUGCAAUUUAUAGUAUGUAGUUUAUCAAAAUGUGUGUAGCAACAAAACAUGCCGGACGAUGGUAUCUAAUUAGCACGUUCCUGACCGGGGAUCGAACCCGGGCCGCAGCGGUGAGAGCGCCGCAUCCUAACCACUAGACCACCAGGAUAAGGUAAAAAUGAUAAUACGAACAUUAUUGCCAUAAUUAAUCAUAGUACUUUGAAUACUUAAGUACACUUGAAGGCAAAUACUUUGGUACUUUUACUCAAGUGGAAGUUUAAAGGGACACUUUUACUGGAGUCAUAUUUUACCUCGCCGGUUUUUGCCUUCCAAUUUUAAACCGUAAAUUUCGUUCAGCUUUAAUUUCAUGUAUACACAAUAUCAUGUGUGCAAAUAACUAACCUGACUGGAACUAACUGUAUUUUUCCUUUGCGCGUGCUGUAAAGCAUUAUCGACUCUGAUCACGCAGAAGCUUUCAGGUGCUUCCAUUUUAAAGGUGUAUCCAUUAUGGAUGUUUUGCUAUUAUCUUCUUUAAGUUUUAAGAUUGUAUUUAUUGUUUCUACUGGGGUCAGAGUGCAGCAUCAGCCAUGAUACAGCACCCCAGGAGCACAGAGGGUCAAGAGCCUUGCUCAGGGGCCCAACAGCCGUAGCUCGGUGAAACCAGGGCUUAAACUUUCCAGUAACCCUGAGCCUUAACCACUGAGUUAUUACUAUUUUAUCAGAAGGUGCUUGAUCAUAGUCAUGUUUUUGAUUUCACACAGCUUGUCACGUCUUUUAUCACCUCAUUUUUUUAUUACGUUUAAGGUAACAUUCCACGCACAAAUUCUUUCUUUUCACAUUAUGCUAGUAGGCUGCCUUCAAAACUUUCAACAGUGUGUUACAGUCCACCUGGAAACAUGCUGGCUUAUGUUGUGAAGCUUCAGGAUAAUACACAGCAACGAAUUAUUAGUGUUUGCAUAGUCAAAUAUCAUAAUUACAGUACUUAAUUCUUUUCAUAUAUAUCAUGUAUUCAUUUUAAGCUCUGAUAUGCAAAAGGCAGUAUUUUCAGGUAUUCCUUCCGGACAGUGUUUUCGAUCAAAUCUGCAUAGACAGAAUGACAGAAUUCCAAGUUCCCGCUUCCUAUUUCCGAGUUAAGUCGAAUGCAGCGUAAACGUUUUCAAAGACGCUUUAGUCUCUGGGAUGGCGCAAUGUAUUGACAUGUUCACUUCAUAAAUCAAAUAUUUCAGAAUAUCACUGAUUAUCAAUGUUGCAUGAACUGACGACAGUAUUUAACUUUUUUUACUUUAUUACUGAAUUUUUUUUGUUUUCUAGUUAUACAGUAUGUGCCAGAUGUCUUCUGUACGUCCGUUUCAUUAUGCCGUCUUCGUGCUCUUGCGGCGUUAUUUUCAUUCGCUGAUUGUGAACCUUGUUAAGUUUCGACUGUAUUCUUGACUGGAACUCAGUGAUAAGCAGAAAGGUUGUUGGUUUCAUUUCAGGCUAUGGUGUAUUACACUUCCUAGAAAACAUACCAUAUUACCAACUGAAUAUAACAGCGUUAACGCUGUUGAUGAUGUCUGUUUGCCAAUAUGCUCGUGUGUAUAUUUACAUUAUUUUUAAAUCUAUGUUUGUAUUAGUAUUUCAAGAUGUAUGUGUAUAUAUUUUUCUUUAUGGUACAAUAUUUUUGGAAUAAACUAUAAAACAAA